CUGCCCGUGUUUGAACUUCCCACGCGCUCCGCAUUCUGUCUCUAUACUGAAAUUUAUUUACCCGGCUUUCGCUCUUUCGUUCAUAAUUUCAUCUCUCCUCCAAUUGCCUCUUCUCUACCUCCGUUGAGAGAUAGAGGCGAAAAAGAAGGAGAGAGGGAGGGAAGUGCAGCACAAAAUUCUCUGUUUGCGCUCUCCCUUACCGAAACACACACCAAUAGAUACACUGUUUACUCUAAUUAUUCCUUCCUUCCUUCUCCACCAUUCCUCUGCCCUCAUUUGCUUCCCGCAUGCACUUUUCGCCGCAGAUAUAGCUGCGUAUCGUAGAAACCUAGUCAAUUGAAAUUUGAAACACGAAGAUGUUUAACCUCAAUCUGGCUAUUGAUCCUUCGCCGCCGGCCGCCGAUCCAGCCGAAACGGCGUCGGAUAACCACUUCGGCGAUCAGAUGGAACAUUCCGGCAGCUCCACCUCCUCCGUCGUUAAUGUGGAGACGUCGAGCACUGCCGGCGAUGACAUCUCCUUCUCGGAUCACUUCGUCGGCUUCGACAUAUGGAAGAUCAACGGCGACUGCGAAGAGAGCGACAAAUCGAGCUGCGGUUACGUGACGAAGGAGUUUUUUCCGGUGAGUGGCGGGGAGGAGCGGAUGCCGAUGCAGUGCUUGGGUCUCUCCGGGAACCGCCAUGAGCUGAGGAUUCUCGCUCAGGAGCAGCACCAACAGAAGCGGCAGCUAGUGAAGAAGAGUCGGCGGGGACCGAGGUCGCGCAGCUCUCAGUAUCGCGGCGUCACAUUCUAUCGCCGCACCGGACGUUGGGAAUCACACAUUUGGGACUGCGGCAAGCAAGUUUAUUUAGGUGGAUUUGACACAGCACAUGCUGCGGCUCGGGCAUACGACCGUGCUGCAAUUAAGUUUCGUGGACUGGAUGCAGACAUCAAUUUUAAUGUCUGUGAUUAUGAUGAAGAUCUUAAGCAGAUGAGGAACUUAACAAAGGAAGAAGUUGUGCACAUACUCCGCCGCCAGAGCACUGGAUUUUCAAGGGGGAGCUCGCAGUAUAGGGGAGUGACUUUGCACAAAUGUGGACGAUGGGAAGCUCGGAUGGGGCAGUUUCUAGGCAAGAAGUAUAUCUAUCUUGGAUUGUUUGAUAGUGAGAUAGAAGCUGCAAGGGCAUAUGACAAGGCUGCUAUCAAGUGCAACGGAAGAGAGGCAGUCACCAACUUUGAGCCGAGCACAUACGAAGAGGAGUUGAGCUUGGAGGAACCCAUUGGAGCUGGCGAUCUGCACAAUCUAGAUCUGAAUUUGAGCAUUGCUCCUCCUGAAAGAGUCCUCUGGGAAAUUCAUAAUAUGGAGACAGAGAGCUCUCAGAUCAACUAUGUCUCCAACAAUCUGCCUGAAAGCAGACUUAAGGGCUCUGCUUCAGCCUCUGCUGCAGCUCAAUUACCCCAUGAACCUGGAAAUAUAUGUCAAUACCCUCUGAUGUGGAGGGGACCCGAUUCCUGUUUUCGUCCCGUUUAUGAGGGAACAACAAUAGGGAAGGUUGUUGUUGAAGUUGAUCCUUCAGCAAAUUGGACAAGGGAUCAUCAUCAUCAUCCCUCGCCACUCUUCACUACUGCAGCAUCAUCAGGAUUCGCUACUUCAUCAGGCCCCAUCCAUCAUCAGUUGCCUUUCACCGCAACGCCCCCACACCAUUAUCUCCCACACAUCACCACUUUGAACAAUGGAUCUCAUUUCUACUAGAGGUGAUCAGUAAGCACAAAUGAUCAAGGGUUCUUCCUAACUACAUUCCACGGUUUCUUACCUCACUGCUUUGAUAUUUGAUGAUCUUUAAUGGUGCAUUUGUGUUACUUCAAAUUGUUUCGAUUUCAAACUGAAUGUUUAUAGAACUGUGGUUAUUCAUUAUUGUCAUCUUUCAUGGCCUAUUUGGUAAUGGUUUUUAACAUUUUGUAGAUAAUUGUUUCAGCA